AUGAGCAGUGAUGUUGCAGCUGCUCCUCUUCCAUUGAAGGACCUGGAGUCCGGGUCUGUUUUGCCUGGCGCCCAUUUCCAAUCCACUCCAGCUGGAAUACAAUAUGUCCAAUACUCGCUGGACAAAGAAACCGAGUACCUCCCCCAGAUCCGCGAGUUGAUAUCCAAAGACCUCUCGGAGCCCUACAGCAUCUAUGUCUACCGUUACUUCCUCUACCAAUGGGCUGAGCUGUGCUUCAUGGCGGUCGACACGACGGACAAUAACAAGCUGGCCGGAGUGGUCAUAUGCAAGCUAGAACCACAUCGAGGUGGACCGCUGAGAGGCUAUAUUGCCAUGCUGGCCACCAACGAGGUAUUCAGAGGCAAAGGCAUCGCCACAACGUUGGUCAGCAAAGCCAUUGAUCUGAUGAUAGACAAGGACGCAGACGAGAUUGCACUUGAGACGGAGGAGACAAAUACUGCGGCGAUGAAAUUAUAUGAGAGAUUGGGCUUUUUAAGGAGCAAGAAAUUGCAUCGAUACUAUCUCAACGGAAACAGCGCAUACAGACUGCUACUGUAUCUGAAGCAAGGGGUGGGUAGUAUUCCGACCGACUACGAUCCCUACGAUGAUCUACCUCCAAGCGCACAAGGUGAUUCAAGAUAUCGAGAUCAAGAUCCCGACCCCGACACCAUUUUCAGUAGGGGGAUAAUUUGA